UUAUUAUUAUUAUUCGUCUCGUAGCGUCGUCAUUGUCGCCCGGCGCCGCCGAGGUUUACUUGUCCCGUACAGCAUCCGUUUGCCCGACGCCGUCACAGAAGUUGCAACCGCCAAAGUAUCUGAAAAGUAAUACGCGUCUCCGUUUGUCGCAGCGCAUCGAUAGAUGUUUGCUGUUACAGUCCUUGCCCGACUUCGCCGAGUCUCGUCAGCGAAUAUGUUUCGAUUUGCCAUCGCAGGACCAAUGUCGACCAACUGUCGCCAUAAGUCGUCUUGAGGCUCUCAGUGUAAUUAUUAUGGACAAACGCCAGAAAAACAAUUAUUCUCCAAGUACAACUGAAAAAACAAGUCCAGAAAAAAAGAAUGAAAAAUUACUAUCAAAUCUUGGUUAUGGGAAAAUUUUAGUUAAAACAGAAUCAAACAUUAUGAACAAUAGAGUUUCAGAUUCAAUCAAUUCGAUUAAACCGGCUGUGCUGACUGAUCAAGAUAUUAAUAAUUACAUACUGAAUUGUGUUUCAAAUUUAAAAGUUAGUGAUCCAAAAUCUCCAACACAUUCCAAGGUAUUUCCAUUCAAAUCAAUGGAUUUAUCUAACUCAACAGAUAGAUUACAAAGUAAUAAUUCUAUAGAUAGUAUGAAUGGUACUAGCAAUUCGUAUUUACAUUCCAACAUUGAUCAAGGUAAAUAUUCUAGAAGCAAUAUGACAUUAAAACCUUCAUUAUCAAGUCCACCACCUUACUGCACAUCAAUAGGAAAUCGAGACUCACCAAGUCCUCGUGCUAGUAUUGGGUCUAUUAGUCAUGAAUUAAAAUCAUCACCUUUAUAUGAGAAUGUUGAUUUUUAUAAUGGUGGGCGCUCUUCAACUCAAACUCCCACAUAUUACCAUCAAAGACCUAGACCAGGUUCACAUUCCAGUGGUGGAUCUCAAGACUCAAGACAUUCCAGCCCUAGAACUAGCAUAGUUUCUUGUGAAGGUUCUUCAGCUCUAUAUGAAUCAAAUUACCGCAAAGCUCAACCUCAAGUUCCAGUGAGCUAUCCCAAAUAUAUUCCACCAAUGGGAAAAGAAGUUCCACCUUAUGAGGCACCACCUGUUUAUGAAACUUUAUCUGAUUCUAAUAAAAAUUCAAAUUGUUAUGAACCUGCUAAACCUGGUCCACAAGUACCCACACAAUCUAUUGAUCAUAUUAGCCGUUACCCAGCUCAACAUGCAACACCAUACAUAAAGCCCAUACCUACUAUUGUUCCACAAGCAAUAAAAGCCUUAUCAGAAUAUGCUUCUCAAACAAAUCCUCAAAAUAUGAGAUCAUAUAGUUCAGCAAAUAAUGUGAACUAUUCCCAAGAUCCAGUAACACCAAAGUCAACAUCAGUAGCAUCACAAAUGUGUGUAGUAGGGCAACCAGCACUUGCCGAAUCUAGAUCUCAAAAACAACAUAAUACCAUGCCUAAAAUUUUUCAAACAGCAUCUGCAUAUCAACAGGAAUCACCAAUACAUCAUAAUAAAUUAACACGAACUUCACCAACACCUUUACCUAUUAAAAUUAAACAACCAGCUAAAAAUCUUCUACCAUAUAAUGUUACUCCACCUCGACCAAUGGGACCAACAGAAGCAGAAAAGAAAAUUGAAGAACUAACUAGACAGUUAGAAGAACAGAUGGAAACUCAAGAAGUUGCUGUUGGUGGAGAAUAUUUUGGAAUAUGCCAUACUUGUGGUAAUAAAGUGACUGGUGCUGGCCAGGCUUGUCAAGCAAUGGGAAACUUGUAUCACACUAAUUGUUUCAUAUGUUGUGCUUGUGGACGUGCACUUCGUGGUAAAGCUUUCUAUAAUGUUUAUGGAAGAGUGUACUGUGAAGAAGAUUACAUGUACAUAGGCUUUCAACAAACUGCUGAGAAAUGUUCAAUAUGUGGACAUUUAAUAAUGGAAAUGAUCUUACAAGCUAUGGGAAAAUCAUUUCAUCCUGGUUGUUUUCGGUGCUGCGUUUGCAAUGGUUGUUUGGAUGGAAUACCGUUUACAGUGGAUAUUGACAAUAAAAUUUACUGUGUUGCUGAUUACCAUAGGAAAUAUGCUCCUAAAUGCGCUUCUUGUGGAAAAGGAAUUACACCAGUUGAAGGUACUGAGGAAACUGUACGAGUUGUAUCAAUGGAUAAAGAUUUUCACGUUGAUUGCUUUAUUUGCGAGGAGUGUGGAAUGCAAUUAACGGAUGAGCCUGAUAAAAGAUGUUAUCCAUUAGAUUCUCAUUUAUUAUGCAGAUCAUGUCAUAUAUCACAUUUAAAUGAAAAUACACCUGAAUUAGAGAGUGUUUCAGCUACAUACGAAUAUUUAGAUUGAAGAUUU